UCUGUGGUUAUAAAUUAUAAUACUCUGCCUGUACUGAAAUUACAAUUUGUGUUUUUUGUAAAUAAUACGCGAACGCUGGCUCUGAUUUUAAUUAAUUUUCUUUGUAGUAUUUCUGAAAAUACAACCACCUUUUACAAAGCUAAUUGUUAUAACUAGGAAAAUAUACUCUGUAUCUCGUAAGGUAAGGAAGAUGAUUCAACCAGACUACCCCUCAGCAAUGGGUCUAUUGUCCCAUUUAAACUCUGAUGAGCUUAAAGAAAUGCUAAACGAUGAUGCAAAGUUUGAUGUAGUACUCAAAGAUGUGAAACAGAUUAAAGAUUGGGAUACAGAAAAGGAAACUAUAAUAGUUAGUAACAGAUCUAUAGCAGAAUACAACUUAAGUAAAGAACCAGAACUAGAAGGACUUAAAGCGGAUGUUCAAGAAAAAUCAGAAAUUGGAGAAAAUCUUUGUAGCCGAAUUCAGGAAUUACUUGAUGAAUAUAAAACAAAAUCAGCUGGAAUAUCACCUGAUACUACACUGGCAUUAUUACAAACAGCUGCAGCAGAAACCGAGGAACAGUCUGAAAAUAUUGCACAAGACUUCCUAACAGGCAAGAUUGAUGUUGACAAAUUUCUUGAAGACUUCGAACCAAUUCGGAAGUCAAUGCAUUUAAGGAAAUUUAAAGCAGAAAAGAUGAGUGACUUACUGCGGUCUGGUCAGAGUUCUUAUGGUAAUGAUGUAUCAAAACCUUAUCUGCCAUAUCCAAGCUAUGGUACACAUGGUGUACCAAGUGUCCCUUAUCCAAUGGGUCCCUUAAACAUGCCUAUGCCUGGUAUGUAUGGUAAUCAUUUUUAAAGUGACUCUGUUCAGUAUAACUGCAGCUACAAACUAUGCAGUAUCAGAUUAUCUAAAAAAAGAAAACCAUGUGGCCAUAUUUAUUUAAAAAUUAAUACACUGUUUAAAUGCUUCUGAGUGAAUACAUAAUUUUCUAAUUGUCAUGAAUUUUUAAAUUAGAAUGCACUCUAUUCUUUAUUAGCAAAAUCUAGAUUUAUGUCAACUGUUUCCAGCUCAAGUAAUACAGUGUAAACGCAUUUUAUAACAGCUG